AUGGCAACGACAAGAGCGGAAGGUUUACCAUUCCUUCCAGGAAAUACUUUUGAAGAUCCUACCAAAUCGCGUUUCCAUGUGACCAACACUCUAAAGUUUAAGAAUGGAUACGCACAACAACAUUCACCAAGUGUUGGUCUUGGAGGUGAGAGACUCACUUACAAUCAACUCUCGGAGUCAGAACUCGAUGAACUUGCAAAUAAAAUGCCGACUUUAACUUACGGCCAAGCUAAGCAAGCACCGCCUGAAACUUUCGUUCCAGCCCAUCUUGCUUUUGACAAAAAGGUGUUAAAAUUCACGGGCUACUUUAAAGAAACUGUCCACGAGUCACCACAGGAGUUUUACAGAGUACGUCCAGUAGAAAUCUUCUAUUAUCUCGAAGACGACAGCAUUUCUGUUGUGGAACCUCAUGUUGAGAAUUCGGGGAUGCCCCAGGGCAAACUUAUUAAGAGGCAACGUUUGCCAAAAGAUGAUCAGGGCAACCACUGGCAUUGGAAAGACCUUAACCUUGGGAUGAAUGUUGUUUUCUAUGGCAAGGCAUUUCGUAUCACCAACUGCGAUCAAUUUACUGCAAACUUCAUGGAGAGUGAAGGUCUAAUAUUGAAUCAACCAGAAUCCGUCCCACAAGAUCCUUACACUGAAAGUAGAAAGCAACCACUGCGUUCUUACACAACUAGGUCGGACUUCGACAAACUUAAGAAGUUUCUGGAACUUGAUAGAAAGGUUCUCCGAUUUUACUGUGUAUGGGACGACCGUGACUCCAUGUUUGGUGAGAUGAGGCCGUACGUCCUCCAUUAUUUCCUCGUGGACGACACAGUUGAGAUCAGGGAGGUUCACAAACCAAAUGACGGACACGACCCAUUUCCAGUUCUGCUAAGAAGACAAAGACUCCCGAAAAAUCGAAAUGAUGUUCACUCAUCUUUUCCAAUGAUUGUAAUGGAGCUGACUGACCAUGAAGUGAAGCAAUGGUUCACUCCUCAAGAUUUCGAACUUGGGAAAACCAUCUUCAUCAACGGGAGGCGUCUACUCAUCUAUGAUUGUGAUGAUUUCACUAAGAACUACUACAGAGUAAUGACCGGCCAGCAAACAUUUCAACCAAUACCAGUCACAGGGAUGGCAAAUGAUCUUCCAAAAAUGGAACUGCCACCCUACAAUGGCUUUGGUUCAUUGGAAGAUUCCCUUCAAAACUGCUUGAGUUUGGUCCCCCAACCACCUAAGAAAGAUUUCAUUAAAAUGUUGGAGAAUGAUCACAAGAUACUGCGAUACGAAGCAGCCAUGGAUUCUGUUCGACAAGAAGACAGGAACAGACGUUUCAUCAUCUCGUACCGUCUCUCAGAUGAUAUGAUCAGCAUCUUUGAACCUCCGCAGAGAAACUCCGGAAUAAUUGGCGGAAAGUUUCUGGAGGCAACGAGGAUAUCUAAGCCCGGAUCGGAUGUGGAGAACCCGGAGUUUUAUGGGCCUGGAGAUUUUGCGAUCGGGGCAACCAUCCAAG